CUCUGUGUGGGCGGGAGUGCCAGGCUUCCCUGUCCUGCCUGCCACACUCCCGGCUUUGAUCCUUAGAAACAAAUAAAUUCUAAUUUUGGAAGCUCCUGUUCUGUGAAGUGUGUGGAAAUGGGGACUGUAUGAGAGCACUGCUGCCCUGCCAUCCUGGGCCCAGUCUUGGGCCCAGACUUGCUGAACUGCCUCUGAGUGAAGGGUCCGGGUGCUGGGCCCUGGCACCCACCUGUGCCCAGCAAGGUGGGCAGGAUGCCAGCCAAGGGAUGCGUGCUCAGGAGCCCCCACCGCUUCCUGCCUCCACGGGGCGUAGGCGGGGCCAGCCUGAGGCCUGAACAAAGGGCCAGGCCAAGCCCAGUGGCUCAGACCUGUCUGGAGAGACUGAGCGCCAGGAAGCAUGGCCACCUGCCUCCUGCUGCUUCUUACCAUCCUCCACCUGUCUGUGGCCUUGGUCGGCUCAAUGGUGCAGCCGCGAGUGCAGCUCCGGCUGGUGUUGCUGGAACCUCAAGGGAGGGACUGUUCUCAGAUCUGGGUGGACAACCCUGGAGCCGGCAGCAGCAUCUACACCAUCCAGCCAGAGGGGGCCAACGCCCCCUUCCAGGUGUUCUGUGACAUGCGUGAGGAUGGUGGCUGGACAGUGAUUCAGCGGCGAGAGUGGGGCACAGAGCAGCCCCUGGACUUUGAGAGGUGCUGGCAGGAGUACAAACAGGGCUUUGGAGACCUGGGAGGAGACCACUGGCUGGGCCUACAGCACAUCUCUGACCUGACCUCCCAGCCGGGCCUGCAGCCCGAGCUCAGUGUGGACUUGCAGGAUGUCGACAACCUCACAUGGUGGGCCCACUAUGACUACUUCCAUGUCGACAAGGAGGACCACUUUUACCGGCUGUCCCUGGGCCAGUACUCAGGGAAUGCUGGGGAUGCCUUCCGGGGCUCUGGUGACACUGACACCCAGGAGGGCCGUGCCUUCAGCACCCUCGACAGAGACCAUGACAGCUGCGAGCCCUGUGAGGACGGUACUGGGGUCUUCACCAGCUGCAGCCGCGACCGCUCUGGUGUUGGCUGGUGGUACAGCAACUGCGGCCAGGCCGACCUCAACAAGCCAUGGCCAGGGCGUGAAGGGGACCCUCCCAGCUUGCACUGGGCCACGGUCAGCAGUGAGCAGGCCCUGCGCUCCAUCAUGCUGCGUGUUCGCACAGCCCAGCGCCAGAAGGCCUAAGUGCCAGGCUGGGACCAGGCGGGAGAGCCUUGCUUAUUAAACAUCCAAGCUCUGC